AUGACUUCGCCGAAUGAUCCUCAUGCUAAGGUGUACUCUCACGUUAACGGCAGCGAGGGGGAUACAUUAGCCAGAUUAGCCGUUUCCGAGUUGUGCAAGGGCUGGCCUGUAUAUCGAGACUCGUCCGAAUGGAAGAACUUCCGUUCUCUCUUCUGCGACGACGCGUAUGUCUGGACGACUUGGAGUGGGCGCCAGACCAUCGAUGGCUUCAUCCAGAUGUCUAAGGAGGGGAAAGCAAAGGGAGACUUCAUAAUGCAUCGCGAAUGCGGUACAUUAGUUGAAUUGGAUCCACUGAGAAAUCGAGCCGUUGGCAAGAUGAAGGCAACUAUCACGCAGCGAUUCAGAAUCGGGGGAGAUGAUACUAUGGGUCUUGAGCCAAUCGUCUUUGAUGUGGAUUGCGAUUGUCGCUUCAACUUCUUUUGCUUCCGAAAUUCGGACACCGACGCUUGGAAGAUCAAGUACGUCAAACUGAUAUACGAGAAGGAUAAGCUUGUCCCUGUCGAUGGCAAAACGUCGCCGAGCUUUACUAAGGAAACCUUGGAUCGAUACCCAGAAGGAUACAAGUACCUUGGUGCAGCACAGCACAUGCUCGGUCAUGAUGUCGACCUCUCCCUUCCAACUAUUCAGGGUCCCGAGUACGGAUUAGCUAACAUUGUAUGGCUUGAGCUAUACGAGAAGAUGGAACAAUGGCUCGACGGUGCACGAGAUGUCGACCUCUCGAUCACCCCUGGCCAUAAGAAUACCAAUGGGAAUGGGUCGAGUAACGGACAUUAUAUCGAACCUAGACGCUUACGCUAG